AUGAAGCUCGCCGCUACUCUCGUCGUCGUCGCCGCUGCUGGCAAGAACAAAGAAGAAAUCGCCAACACCCUCCUCGACUUGGCUGACAACAACACCACCACCUCCGACAAGAACGUCGCCCGAGCCCAGAAGUGGGUCGACCGAGUCUUCGCCCAGGCCCGGGAUCUCGACACCACCUACCCAUGCCCAGAAGCUGAGGAAGAUGCCGACUCCGUCCUCGUCUUCGACCAGGAAGACUUCUGCAAGCUCAACGGUCAGCUCGCCUCUGCUCUCCGAUCCUACAUCCGAGUCUUCGGCUGCCCCGAAUCCUACCCCAAGAAGAACUUCCCCAACACCUUCGCCAAGCGAACCAACCGAAUGCGAAACAUCUUCUCCCGAAUCGCCGACUGCUAA